GACCUGGAAGGUAAGUGGGUUUCUAGGUGAUUAUGGCUGAUUCCUUUUUGAUUUUCUUCUCUUCCACCUGAUUUUGGUCUUAUUGUAUUAUYGUUGCCUUCCUUGUUUACGAAACACUGUGUUGACAGGUUCGACGCCGUGCCGUUGUUCCUGCCUUUCACAAAAAGUGGCUUAACCGAAUGAUUACACUCUUCAACGAACGAGCUGAAAUAUUAUGUGCCGACCUAGAGAAAAAGGAAGGAAAGGUGGUAGACAUGGAAGAACGAUUCUGUUCGGUGACUUUAGAUAUCAUCGGUAAAGCAGUUUUCAAUUACGACUUUGGUUCGGUUACUAAGGAAUCGCCAAUCGUGAAGGCUGUAUACAGAGUUUUGAGAGAAGCAGAGCACCGCUCAUCUUCAUUUAUCCCAUACUGGAAUCUGCCCUAUGCUAGUCAGUGGAUGGGUGGACAAAUAGAAUUCCGACGAGACAUGACCAUGUUGGACGACAUAUUGGCAGACUUAAUYAAUAAGGCUGUAACGACGAGGAGCGAAGCCACAGUCGAAGAGUUGGAAGAGAGAGACAAUUCUGAUGAUCCUUCACUUCUACGAUUUUUGGUAGAUAUGCGUGGGGAAGAUUUGAGUUCCAUGGUUUUGCGAGACGAUCUAAUGACAAUGUUGAUUGCUGGACACGAGACAACAGCUGCCAUGUUGACCUGGACUCUUUUCGAGCUUGCGAAGGGCGAUCCAGCUAUGUUCCAAGAAAUUCAAAAUGAAGUCCGAACAGUAUUGAAAGAUAAGGAUAGACCGGACUACGACGAUGUUGUUGCUAUGAAAAAGAUGCGAUACGCGCUCAUUGAAGGUCUGAGACUAUACCCAGAACCACCCGUGUUGAUCCGAAGAGCACGUACGGAAGACACCUUGCCUCAGGGAAGCUCCGAAAUGAAGGACGGAAUCAAGGUUUUGAGAGGAACCGAUAUUUUCGUAUCCACAUGGAAUCUUCACCGCAGUCCUGACCUCUGGGAAGAUCCSUAUACAUUUGAUCCCACAAGGUGGGAACGACCCUACAAAAACCCGAAGGUGAAAGGCUGGGCAGGGUAUGAUCCCGACAAGGUCACAGGUCUCUACCCCAACGAAAACGCUGCGGAUUUCGCCUUUUUGCCGUUUGGCGGAGGUGCACGAAAAUGUGUUGGCGACCAAUUUGCCGUAUUGGAAGCCGCUGUAACAUUCUCUGUUCUCAUCAAGAAUUUUGACUUUGAGUUCGAAGGAAGUCCAGACGAYGUUGGGAUGCAAACRGGAGCUACGAUUCACACAAUGAACGGAUUGAAAAUGAGGCCGGCGAAGGUCAAUGCUGAUGAUCCAUUGCAUUCCACCGGUGGAUGGUGGGAGCGUCAGCAUUUAAAGCGUGGACUUAAYGCUAGCGGCAGACCCUACCAUUCCAAAGAAGAAGUAGAAUACCAGAACAAACCCAAACACGAAAGACCYGAUGACCCUGGGAUUCCCAUGUCGCAUUAGACUCGCUCAAUUGCAAGCAGCACGAAACGUUUUGCGUCGGAUCCUUGCAAUUUCUWUUACCUAUGAUUCAGCUAGGGCUACUAUUAAAGAGAMAAACAUAAA